AUGUUUCCAUCUGUCGAAACUGACUUUGGCCUCCGUAUGCUACGGUAUGCGACGGCCGACGACUCUUCAGUAGUGUCGCCUAUCUCUGUGAUCUUGGCUUUGGCCACGGUCCAAGCCGGCUCGAAGGGAACCACGAAGUCUCAAAUAAAUUCAGUCAUCUCAAAGGGUCCGAAACGAGCGUCCGAUACGGAAGUGGAAGAGUAUUACUCAAAGCUCUUUCAUCAAAUCAUGAACGCGACAAAUGGGGUAAAGAGCAGGAUAGCCAACGGAUUCUUCCUAAAUAAGCAAUUCAAAGUUGAGAGCAACUAUGAGCAAACCAUCAGAAAGAGGUACGAGGCAAAAGUUGAAGCUCUGGAUUUUGGGAGAGCGAAGGAAGCUGUCAAGGUUAUUGAUAAUUUCAUAGCUAACACGACCGAGGGAAAAAUUCGCGACAUGCUUAACGAGGGCUCUGUUGAAGGCGCAUACUCCUUGAUUGUCAAUGCCAUCUACUUUACGGCUGAAUGGAAGUUCAAGUUUGAUAAAAGCUCGAACUCGAAGGGCACAUUCUACAGCUCUGCUAUGAAAGAACGAGAGGUCGAAUUCAUGAAUGAGUAUGAUGAGCACAGACUUUACGCUGAAGACAACGAUCUCCAAGUUCUUUCCCUUCAGUAUUUGGAUACUUCGUAUGCGCUCAAUAUCUUCUUGCCUAAAAGCAGAUUUGGUCUUAACGAAAUUCGUUCAAAACUUACUGGAGAGCGAAUUCAAGGUCUUCUCUCAAAGCUAAGGCAAACCUACAUAUCGAUUGCAAUCCCGAAAGUGAAGAUUGAGACGGACUUCAAGCUCAAGGAGGCGCUUAUUGGCAUGGGUGUUACGGAUAUGUUCAGUGACACCGCUAACUUGACCGGAAUCAGCAAAGAACCUGCGCUCAAAGUCUCCGAUGCUGCUCAUAAAGCCAUAAUCGAGGUUGAUGAGGACGGGACGACAGCAGCAGCUGCUAGUUUAUUCAAGGUAGUACCAGAAUCUGCUCUCGAGGAAGUCCCAGUGAAGUUCGAAGCCAAUCAUCCAUUUUUGUUCAUUCUAACGAAAGACAACAAUCCUCUGUUUAUGGGUCAAUUUGUAUGA